AUGAAGUUAUUGAGGUUUAAUUAUGACAUCCAAUACAAAAAGGGGGUUGACAAUAAAAUUGUUGAUGCUUUAUCAAGGAGAGCACACCCUACUUAUGCCUUACAAGCCAUAACUCUUUCCAAGCCUGUCUGGAUGCAAGAAAUUUCCAACAGCUAUGCAAAUGAUCCAAAGGCUCAACAACUGAUUUCUCAACUGCUGGUUUCUCCUUCUACAACACCUAAUUUUUCCUACCAACAAGAGAUUCUCAGGCUACUUAUAACAGCGCCACUCCAUAUCCCUGAUCAGGCCUGGCAACAUAUCUCAAUGGAUUUCAUUGAGGGCCUUCCAAAAAAUGAGCACAAAGAUGUUAUCUUGGUGGUGGUUGAUAGGUUAACAAAAUACAGUCAUUCCAUUGGACUUCAACCCCCUUAUACUGCAGUCACUGUGGCUAAAGCUUUCUUACAUCACAUUUUCAAGUUGCAUGGUUUACCCUUCUCCAUCACCUCUGACAGGGACAAGGUCUUCACAAGUAAUUUCUGUUAUCAUAGUAGCAUCAAAAUGUCUCCUUUCAAGGCACUGUAUGGUUAUGAUGCACCACACUUAGCUUUCCAAACUAUUGUCACUACUUCUGUAGCUACAAUUGAGGAGUAUCUUGCUCACAGGAAUGCUAUGCUUGACAUACUCAAGGACUCCCUGUCUGUUGCUCAAGAUAGAAUGAAGUUCUUUGCAGAUCAGAAAAGAACUGAGAGAUCUUUUGAAGUGGGUGACAUGGUCUACCUCAAGCUCCAGCCCUACAGACAAGCAUCUGUUUCCUUGAGGAAGAAUUUCAAACUAUCAGCUAAGUACUAUGACCCCUUUCCCAUUCUUUCCAAAGUUGGUGACUUAGCUUAUAAAAUGCAACUCCCACCAGAAGCUAGAGUGCAUCGUGUGUUUCAUGUUUCCCAGCUCAAACUGAAGAUUGGUUCUGCUCAUGUGCCCUCUCCCACACUGCCACUAGUGGACCAUGCAGGCCAAGUCAUCAUCACUCCUAUUUCAGUUUUGGACUACAUAACUAUUACAAGAGGAGAUCACAAUGUUUAG